UCACAAAUGUUUUGAUUUGCAUGGUUUGGACUUUGUAGUGACAGAUUGGUCGGUGAACGGCGUGACAAAUAACAUGCCAGAUGUUCUGCCGCCGGUGCACUCUAGCGAAGACUGGCAAGCGGCGUUUGGAUUUCCAGCUGUACAACAGCAAUCUGAAGAAAUGUGUGGACGCGACGACGACCUUGGCUUCGAUCCUUUCCACGAAACACAGAAGGCGUUGGCUGAAAUGAUUGAAAAAGAAGAACAAACCCAUCAUCGCAUGUAUCAGCAGAAGCUGCUUACAACAAUGCAACACAAUCAAAGGAUCACAAACUGUUCGAAGCUGCUGGACGGACUUCGGGUGGCACCCCGCACUCGCCUCCCCCCUCCCGGCUUCACAUCCACUCCCAAUCACAUGAAUGCCUUCGGUCUGGGCAUUCCAAGAACAGGAACUAAGGUUUUACCUUUCAUGCAGCCUACUAUUUCAUUUCCACAACAUUCUGCUCCGCCAGCUUGGGAUUGGUCAGCGCUGGACCCAGCUAUAGUAUCGACAGGUCAACACUGCGAAAUGUACACCAGUCCACCGCCACCCGGUUUCGCUAUUCGACAGACUUUAGACAAUUUAUAACAACUAUGGGAAGUUUGAGGAUCGGCAAGCCUGAUGUCAUGAUCAUUAUAAUUAUUAUAAUCUGGUACUCUACUGGUAAUCUUGAGAUUCACAAUAAAAUAUAGAUAAUUUAUUUCUCUUAUGGAUAGGCAUUUCAAUAUUUUGAUCGUAAAAUAUCUCUGAUUAUUAUUAUAUGUGAAAAUUAAAUAUACAGUUUAUUCUCUCCAAUUUUGUUUUUGUGUAUACUAUCUUAUUUAAGAUGAUGAUUAUGAUAUUAAUAACAAAUCUUGAAUUAUAAUAUUCACAUACUUUUAUCACGAUAUUAUCUCUUAAAUCUACUUAAAAACGACUGAAAUUCGUGAAAAUUCAGAUUAUCAGACUAGUUAGUGUUGAAAUUUGGUCUCACCUACAAUACUAAAGAAAUUCGUUCAAUUCUCUUCCUAUAAAAGAUGCUAGUUAACUUUUCUCUUUUAAAAAUGGAGAAUAGACUGGGCUUUAAGUUUAUUUUUUGUUGAAUGUUUAAAAUUGUUUAAUUUUUGUUGUAGGAAAAAAUAAUAUAAUAUAAACAUGUUCUAACUCAAAUGUCAAGAUAGAUUCUUUGACCCCGUGUUAAUCAGAUAUAGUAGUUGUUUCUGUUCUAAAUUGUUUAUUUCCUCAUAUAAUCUUGAAGCUGAAAAAUAAAUUUUACGGUAAGUGCUUUCAAUCCUUGUAGAUUUGUUGAUAAAAAUUACACGUGGAAUUUAUAAUCAAAGCAUUCUUUUUAAAUUCCUUCUACUUAUAGUAUUCAUUUUUUGUGCAAUAAAAUUUUAAAUCUUAACAACUCGUGAAUUUGUAGCAUAAAUUUAUUAAUAGUUUUUCAGUGCAGAAAUUAGAUUGAUACUUUUUCUUGAGUACAUCAACUAUUUACCUACUCUCUAACUUGACAAUAUUUUAGAAAAAUCAGUAAUAAUUCUACAUUUUACGUGAACUAAUUUUAAUUUUUUAAAUCUUAUUUACACUAGUCUCUUGCGAAUUGGGUUACUAUUUUUCUCGUUUAUGCUGCUGCACCCGAAAACUAACAUGGUGAAUUGAAUGUGUGAUUGUCUUUGUAUCGUAUUCUUGUCAGUACUCUUGAUUAAACAAAAUAUCAAUCAAGACAUUUUUCCUAAAAUGAAUUUUAUCAAUUAAUACCUACAUUACACAGCAUAAUUUGCUAUAUUAUGACUUGUAUUUGAAUCUAUAAAUAAUGUUCCACAUUCAACAAGAUGAAUGAAUAUGAAUUUUUGUUAUAUGUGAAAUUAAUUUAUAUAAUACUUAUUUCUCUUAAUUGGGGCUUCAUUGUACACAGUUGACUGAAAAAUUAAUUUAAUUGAAUUUAAAAUAAUUCAAGGACUCCCCACCAAUUAAAGCCUUACGGAAAUUAUUAAUUUUUAUUGUAGUCAGUAAUUUUGUAUCUGUCAAAUUUAUCAGUUCGGAAUUCAUCUCAAAUUGAAAGAUCUUUCUUCAAUAUCCACCCUCAAACAAUCUCAUAAUCACGUUGGGAUCGUCUUUGCUCAAGGUCCUAAAACGAGUCAGGCCAGAGCUCUAGAGUCAUGUUGGCUGUUUUUGUAAUAGUUAUAGUCCAACUUCAAAUCUCCAACACCAAUAUUUCUUGCAAGAAUUUCCGAUUGGAGGUUAUUUAAUAUCUAUUGUCUAUUGAACAGAAGGAUAAAAUAAUUCACUUAUCAAAAUAAAAUUAUUGUUCACCUUGUACGAAAAGAAUAUACAAACUAUUAAAUCUUCGCUUAUGAGCAAAACUUGACAUUAAUCCUGAAAAUAAGUAUUUAUAUUUCUCCUAUUCUUGAAUUGUCUUGAAUAAGACUAAUCACCAUUGUGGUUCCAUUAUACAUUACAUUAAACCAACUUACUAUGUAUUUGUGAUGAUGCUAUUAUAAACAUGGAAAUAUACUUUAUUAGGUGGAGUUAGGUCAAGAGUCCACUCUACCACUCAACCUUGAAAUAAUGUUUAUCUUCAAAACUGGAUUAUUGCAAUGGUAUAUGUGUAUAAAUGGAUUAUCUAAUUCAAGAUUGAAUUUGACCUGGCUUGUUUCAAUACUAGAUUUUUUAAAAUAGAAUUUCAUGGAUCAACAUAGUUAUCCAUUGACUUGAUAUUUCAAAAAUCAUUAAUUUUUCAUUCAACUGGUCACAGUGUAUACCUUUCCUUGAUAUUAUUUUAUUUUUAAUCGACAAAUAUUAAUAAUAUAGACGUUUUAUACAUUUAUUCAAGCAAGCAGCUUGGCUUGACAUCUUUCUCACCUGUUCAAGAUUAAUAAUUACAUGUUCUUUCUAUUCUGGUGUAGGGAUGUUCUUUUCUGUAUUUUCUAACAAUAAUUUAUUAUUUGGUGAAAAUGUUUCAUAACGAUAUCUCACAAAUGCUGUAUCCUAUUGUACAGUGUUGGUGUGAAGUUGUCGAACUUAUAUUCUAACUUUGAUAUCAUUUGAAUUGUGAUAUAUUUGUUAUUAUUUUUAAUUUUUGUUCAUUAUAUGAGGCUGCCUAUCCUCAGUAAUUAUGCAAACUUCUCUGUUGACAUAUUGUAAGAUGGAGUGAAACCGACAGUAUAUUAUAAUAUGCGGCAAUGUUGAAAAAUAAAUAAAAUGAUCGAUUAUGCGCUAUAUAACAAUGAAAAAA